AUGGGGGAGGAAGAACUUACAGAGAUUAUCGAACAAAAUGGAGAUAGUGGCAUAGAUGGGAGGUUGAGAAAAAACGUGGGUAAGGGCUUCGACUGGGUGAUCGUGGGCUAUGGAGGGUUUUGGCGUUUUGGGAUUUUGGGGCUUUGGGGUUUAGGGAAUGGGAAUGGAAACAGGCUAGAAAUAGGAAUGAGAAUGGGAAUGGGCAUGGGUCGGGGAAUGGGAAUGGGCAUGGGGAUUUGGAAUGGGAAUGGGUUGGGGAAUGGGAAUGGUAAUAGCAAUGGGAAUGGGAAUGGGAAUGGCAAUGGGCUGGGGAAUGAGAAUGAGAAUAGGAAUGUGAAUGUAAAUGGGAAUGUAAAUGGGAAUGGGAAUGGGAAAGGGAAUGGGAAUGGCUUGGGGCAUGGGAAUGGGAAUGGGCUAGGGAACGGGAAUGAGAAUGGGUUGGAGAAUGGGAAUGGGAAUGAGAAUGGGAAUCAGAAUGCGAAUGGGAAUGGGAAUGGAGAUGGGGUUUUGUGUUGGGGUUUUGGGGUUUGGGGUUUUGAGAUAUUGGGGUUUUGGGGUUUUGGGGGUUGGGGUUUGGGGUUUGGGGUUUUGGGGUUUUGGCGUUUUUUGGUUUAG